CAAACAGGACACAGCAGGUGUGGCAGCAGACAGCGGAGGUUCAGGUGGCAAACAGACACUAACACCUGUUACGAAGAUGCUCCUCAGCCUCGUGCUCCUCUCCCUCCUCUUCUCUCCUGUUGUGGCACUGGACUGCUAUGUGUGCAGCGCCUCUACCACUAAUGAAGAAUGCAACAAGAACACUCAGGAAUGUCAGGCGCCACUGGACACGUGCAUGACUACUGUCGACACUUUAGGUGCAAUGAAAGCUAUAGUGAAGCAGUGUGCCAGUCGGGCCACGUGCUUAGGAGCCGCCUCGACUGCCCAAGUCGACUCACAAGGAAACGGAAACAGCGUCACCUGCUGCAACAGCUUUAACCUGUGCAACUUCAGUGGAGCCGAGUCCAUUCACGUACACGCAACACUCCUGCUUCUAGCUAUAGGUGUUUUACUCCUGCUGUCACACUGAGGUCAAGGGGAAGUAUCAAUGCAGAGGAAGCUACAAGCUGAGUUAACCUGCUGCUCUUUAUGUCGGAAAGUGACGGGAUAAAUGUUUCUAAAUACAGGCUGUAAUAUUAUGUAAUAUACUGUAUCAUGUAAAAAUUGCUUAUCUCUAACUCUAUUGAAGACUAUGCUGUAAACACAUGUAAGCCUCUUAUUGAUACCGCUGUAUAUACAUGUAUGACGUUUUAAAAUAUUGACAAUAACCCGUCCUUCCUGAGGCUGUACUGUUACAGUGAAUGCUGAUUUUAUUAUCUUUGAGACACAGUGAACACAGGUGUGUGAGCUCUGAAACUUCAAGGGACUUCAAUACUGAAGUCAAUGCCGUCAAUAUGCUGUAAAUUGUGGAAAAGUUCUGUUUAACACACACACACACACACACACACACACACACACACACACACACACACACACACACACACACACACACACACACACACACACACACACACACUCCCUGCCCUCAGCAAAAUUACCACAAUAAAAACUCUGUAACUCCAGACUCCAGACUGCUGGAGAAAUAAAACCUGAAAGGAUUGUUUUUUGUAAAUAAAUAUCUCUAUCAUGGAUCAGAA